AUGCCGCCAGCCAACGCGGACCUCACGACGACUUGGGCGUAUCUCGAGGAGGGCGUCGACCAUAUCAUGACCAAACUCCAGACGGGUGUAUCGUACUCCAAGUACAUGAGCCUCUACACCGUCUCCUACAACUACUGCACGUCGUCCAAGAUGCACGGUACAGGCGAUCAGCCAGGCGGCUUGGGCCAACGAACUGGAGCGAAUCUGAUGGGCUCGGAUCUGUACAACAACCUCAUCCGCUACUUCGUUAACCAUCUCAAAACGCUCAAGACGCAAUCGGACUCGUUGCAAGACGAAGCACUCCUCCGGUAUUACGCGACGGAAUGGGACCGAUACACGACAGGCGCAAACUACAUCAACCGUCUCUUCACAUAUCUCAACCGCCACUGGGUCAAGCGAGAACGAGACGAGGGUCGCAAGGGCGUCUAUCCCGUAUACACGCUCGCGCUUGUACAAUGGAAGUCCAACUUCUUCCUCCACGUGCAAAGCAAGAACCAGAAGCUUGCGGGUGCCAUCUUGAGGCUCAUUGAGCGGCAACGGAACGGCGAGACGAUUGACCAGGGUCUCGUGAAGAAGGUCGUCGACUCUUUCGUCUCGCUCGGUCUCGACGAGAGCGACAUCAACAAGGUCUCUUAUGAGGUCUACCGCGAGCACCUCGAGGCGCCGUUCCUCGACGCGACGGAGAAGUACUACCGCCAGGAAUCAGAGAAGUUCCUCGCGGAGAACAGCGUGGCUGACUACCUCAAGAAGGCCGAGGAGCGUCUACGCGAGGAGGAGGACCGCGUCGAGCGGUACAUGAACACGAACACGCGCAAAGCACUCAUCCAGAAGUGCGAGCACGUCCUCAUCCGCGAGCACGCGGAGCUCAUGUGGGAGAACUUCCAACAACUGCUCGACUACGACAAGGACGAGGACUUGCAGCGGAUGUACGCGCUCCUUUCGCGCAUCCCGGAAGGCCUCGAGCCCUUGCGCAAGAAGUUCGAGGAGCACGUCAAGCGCGCCGGCUUGGCGGCUGUCGGGAAGCUCGUGGGCGAGGGUACUCCAGGUGCAACGGCAGCCGAGGCCGACCCUAAGGCUUACGUCGACGCCCUGCUCGAGGUGCACCAGAAGAACUCUGAGACCGUCACGCGCAGCUUCCGUGGUGAGGCUGGCUUUGUUGCGAGUCUCGACAAGGCGUGCAGAGAGUUCGUCAACCGCAAUGCUGCGACCGGCACUUCGACGACCAAGUCUCCCGAGUUGCUUGCCAAGCAUGCUGAUGCGUUGCUCCGCAAGAACAACAAGAUGGCCGAGGAGGAGGACUUGGAGAGCGCGCUGAACAAAGUGAUGGUGCUCUUUAAGUACAUCGACGACAAGGACGUCUUCCAACAGUUCUACACGACGAAGCUGUCGAAGCGUCUCAUCCACGGUGUGUCGGCAUCCGACGAGGCCGAGGCGAGCAUGAUCUCCAAGCUCAAGGAGGCGUGCGGUUUCGAGUACACCAACAAGCUCCAGCGCAUGUUCACUGAUAUGAGCCUGAGCAAGGAUCUCACAGACAACUUCAAGGAGCGCAUGCAGCAGAACCACGACGACAUGGACAUCACGUUCAGCAUCAUGGUGCUCGGCACGAACUUCUGGCCGCUCAACCCGCCCACGCACGACUUCAUCAUCCCCCAGGACAUCCUCCCGACGUACACGCGCUUCUCGCAGUACUACCAGCAGAAGCACUCCGGGCGCAAGCUUACGUGGCUGUGGAACUACUCGAAGAACGAGCUGCGCACGAACUACCUCAACCAGAAGUACAUCCUCAUGACGAGCUCGUGGCAGAUGGCGGUGCUGCUGCAGUACAACAACAACGACACGCUCUCGCUCGACGAGCUCGUGAACGCGACCGCGAUCAGCAAGGAGAUCCUCAAGCAGGUGCUCGCUGUGCUCGUGAAGGCGAAGAUCCUGAUCAACGAGGAGACGGACCAGUACGACUUGAACCCGAACUUCAAGUCGAAGAAGAUCCGUAUCAACCUGAACACGCCGAUCAAGGCCGAGCAGAAGGCGGAGUCGACGGACGUGCUGAAGACGGUCGACGAGGACCGCAAGUAUGUCAUCCAGGCGUCGAUCGUGCGUAUCAUGAAGGCGCGCAAGACCAUGAAGAACCAGGCGCUUAUCCAAGAAGUCAUCACGCAAAUCUCGCAACGGUUCACCCCCAAGAUCCCCGACAUCAAGAAGGCCAUCGACCAUCUGCUCGAGAAGGAGUACAUCGAGCGUGUCGAGGGCACCCGGGACACCUUCGCCUACGUCGCCUGA